AUGUCGCUGAGCAGCAGCUCGCCCGGGUUCAGUGAUUGUCGCCUCGGCUCUUCCGCACUGCCCGUCAACCAAUUCCGCUCCGAAGCGUGCGCGCAGUGCCUGCUCUAUAUUUACUUUAUUACCGACCCGUUUCGGGCGAUUUACAACACGAAGGUGUGCCCGAACGGGCUUUUGAUCUGCCCCCAUGAUGCCGUGGAUUGCCAGUGCGUUAAUAGCAAAUAUGUGUUCAACAUUCCGGAGUUUGCGCUGAACAGCUCGGCUGUCCGACCACUCGAAGAUUUGCAUGCAAAGCCGCCACUCCCCGAGGUAUUCCCCUAUUUCACCCGGCAAUGCUGCGAGGCGGCUUGGGAUUGCUGCAAAACAACGCUCCAAAAGCCCCGCACAACAGAGUGCCCGGCGACUUGGGAUGGGUGGCAAUGCUUUGAGGAGUCGAAGGUUGGCACGGUGCCUGGGAGAUGUCCGAGUUACAUUUAUGGAGAUCACCAGCGACAGCACAAUGGUCUUGCCUCUUAUCGCCGUUGCACCACUGCCGGCUGGUCCAUCGAAGAACGUGGAAAAGAAUGGACAGACUACGGAAAAUGCCGCAUAGACGAACAGGAGGCUACUGUAAAGCUAGUAGCCGGUGUCAUCUCAUUUUCGAUCAGUGUCAUCGCUCUGGUGCCGGCGGUUUUGAUUUUGACGUGUUUCCGGAGCAUGAGGAGCCAAUCGGUUUUUGUGAUUCAUCGGCAUUUGCUGUUGUCAUUUUUGCUGUCUGGAGUCUCGUACCUUCUCAACGUCUUCUUAUUUGUCAUCGAUGACGCUCCAGGAGAGAAGCUACAUAUGGCAAAUCACAUGUUCUGCCGACUCCUCUUCGUCGUUCAGCUGCGCUUCUUCCGUCUAGCCACUUUCAGCUGGAUGCUGGCUGAAGGGGUUUAUCUGUGGCGGCUUUUGAGGAAUGCCUUCUCGGAUGAGAACUCGCUAUUGCCCUAUAAAGUGGCUUGCUGGGGUGGUCCAUUCGUGCUGACAGUCCUGUACGCAACACUGCGCCAAAUCUAUGACAAUGAAUAUUGCUGGAUAUUACCAUCCGUGUAUAACUUUGUAGAAUGGACAAUCAUGGCCCCAGGAUUGAUUGCUAUAUGCGCAAAUCUAUUACUUGUUACCUGGAUUCUAAUGAUAUUGGUGAAAAAACUACGCUACAAUCCUCAUCUGGAGCCGGUACAGUAUAGGAAAGCCGUACGCGCCGCAUUAAUGUUAGUCCCAGUCUUUGGGCUCCACUUUUUCUUCACGAUAUAUCGAAUACCAUCAUCAGCACAUCAGAUUAUCAAUCUAGUGCUUGAUGGCUUGCAGGGCUUUGCUGUAUCCAUUAUCUUGUGCUACACGAAUCGCUCUGUAAUGGAAUGUGUACGGAAAUGGCUAAACGGCAAACGCGAAUUGCGCAAGAUCAAAGAGGAACAUCAGAUGGCGUUGAAACGCUGCGAGAGCGCCCAAUCUUCACAUAAGAAAUCACUCGUGGAAGCCGAGAAACCAGCUUUAGUUGGACCAAUCCUUGUCCAAAGAGAAGAAAGCAGACCGUUAGAUAUUUCCACACUCCCGACCGAUGCGCGACUACCGUUAGUGUCGCAAUUC